AAAUUUAUCUUCGACAUUCGUGCUGAUUUGUUUCGUACCGAAGAAAACGAAACUGGAAUCUGAUCGUAAAGCUGCCAACCAGCUACUUUUACCCCAUGAUGUCACGGCAACACGUGACCAUCCCUACACCAGUGUACGAAUGUAUGGGCGCGGUGUAUAGUGACCUUGACCGCAGGUGGGUCAAUGGCAUGUUCUCCGUUUCCGCAUCCAGCCUCCAACUUGAUCCCUACAACAAACCCCGGGAAAGCCCGGUCUAUGUCUCUUUUUGGGAAAUUAAAGAUGUCCGGAAAGCAACGACUGGUUUAAUUUUUGGUGCUAUAUUAGUUACAACUGUUCAUGACAGGAAGGUAUGGUUUUCGUCAUUUGUGGAUCGUGAGUGCGCGUUUAGAACUAUUGAACAUUUUCGGAAAGGGUAUUUGUUAGCUGACGAGAGUGCUAAAGAAUCCAGACAACCCAGCGCGAGUGAGCGAACCAAGGUUGGUCAGAAGUUGUUGAGUAUCGUCCAUGAUUCACAGACCACCCUCACAACGGCGGCGGAACAGCUACACGCCCAAGGCCGCCAGAUGGACUCCAUGAUGACUGCCAUGUCGGACCUCCACGGGGACCUGGAUAUUGCGAACCGCCUCGUGGGGGACCUUGAUAGCUGGGUGGGGCGGUGGCGGAUUCCGCGCAACGUGGAGCAAAUAGACCCAGUCUUCGUGAAUAAAUCAGGGGUCCCCGAAAUAUUUGAGUAUGAAGUUCUGUACAACAAGGAAGAAACGAAUCGCGCUAAUAGUAGACAACUCGGGACGCUGCGGUUAUCAAACGAUGGAAUCACAAUAUUGAAUUCAAAGAUGAAAACGGAGCAUCAUUUUAUGUGGUCGGACGUUUCACAAAUCCGUGUCAUAACCCCGUGGGAAAUCAAGAUCACGAGAACGCAUAUCGGACGACCCGACUUGGCGUAUAGCGCCACCAGUGCGCAGAUGAUGGCUGUGUUGAAGAUUCUGGACGGCUGUGCACGCUACAAGAUGAAGUUCGACAAACUACCCGAUCAUGUUCAGGGGUUCAACGCAAGGAUGAAAUCUGAAGAAAGAUUUACAGCAUCAUUCAGCAAUGCUCAAAAACCUGCGGAGAGGGCAACAGACCUCAAAGACGUCAGCCCUAUUCAGAUUGACCAAUCGGAGCAAAGCCAGCUUCAAAUAAACCAAUCAAAACAGGUUGUCACCGACAGCGAGGCUGACGAAAUUAGCCGAGCGUUAAGCGGACUGAAAUCGUUGGCUCUUUCAGUGCAGGAGGAGGGCGCGUGUCAGAACGAGAAACUGGAUUCGCUGAAUGCCAGUGUGGAAUCGGCAAAUCAGAGACUAGAAAAAUCUACAAAGAAAAUUAAAAAGCUGACUUAGUGAUAUUGGUUUGUGUCGCCUUCGAUACAGAUACUUUUGUUCAUCGUCGUCAGUGACGGCGUCACACCUCUAUUGAUAUUAUGGUCCAAGGUCAAGGUCCUGAUGACAUCUAAACAAAAAAAUAUAGCAAGCACGUUAGAUCCUACGGUCUUGAAACUUAGUAGUGAUGUACACUUUUAGUUAUAACCAGUAAAUAGCUCCUAUUGAUUUUGUGAUCAAUAGGUAAAAGAUCAAGAUCAUAAUGAUUACCAGAAAUGUAAUUUCCAAAUGAUACAUUUAAGAUGCUCGAUUUUAUAUCCAGGACCCUUGAAACUAAGUAGGAUAUUUAAUCAUAAAAUGGGAUGACCCAUUUUCAUCUUGAUAACGAAGUCCAAUACGUCAACGGUCUAGAUAAAUGUGACUUUUACUAGAUCACUUUAUCUUUUACUCAAUAUAAUCAGAACACUUGAUCCUUAAUACCUUUAACUUAGAAGAAUAAAUGCUCACGACUCAUUAUAUUUUUAGGUCAGUAGGGCAAGGGUCAAGUGGUGAUGACCAAUAAAAAAACGGUUUCUGCUUAACAUUUCCGAAAUGCUAGGUUUAAGGUCAAGGUUGUCAUGACCUUCAUAAUUUAAGUGGUGUAAUUAUGCACUUCAGCUUGGGAAAUGGGUCAUCCAAGUUUAAAGGCUUAUCAUUCGUGACUAGCCAAUGACUUCUAUGGAUAUUGAGCACCUGACUUUUCAGAAGGCCCAAGUGGAUAUUGCUCAGGCCACAAUUAAAAAAUUCUUUGUUUGCCCUUUACCGACCCUAAAUUUUAGAGGUGGGUCGGUAGGUAGGAAAAAUAUUUUAUUUUUUUCUAGAAUUUGAUCUUGAACACAAAAACUGGUGUUUGUAUGUUUGACCUUUUUUAUUUUUUCUGGUGGA